AACGCUACCAAAAUGAACGUCAACGUCCCAGAUUUGAUCAAAGCGGCCGUCCCCGAGUCAAAGGGUCGCAAUGUCCAGGUCCUCAACGACAACAUGACUGGAAAUAAUUACAGGGACCAAAACUUCCUCUCCGGCGACUUCCCGUCUAACCCCCCCAAGUUGUACGUGACGGGAGAAAGCGACGAAUUUGACCAGCUGACUCUCGCCGAGUGGCGAGCUGAGGGCUUUGAUGUCGAGUACAUCUCAAUGGAGAGCCAUGGUGAUAAGUACCUACGCAAGAUCAAGUCGUUGAGCAAAGAGAAUCUGGGACCUUGUGAGAAGUUUGGAAUCAUAGCAUAUGACGACGCAGCAGCUACAUGCCUCGAGCAUUUCCAUGUCUUGGACAACAACCCAGAAUUCAAGCUCGGCCUUUUGAUUGCCUACUAUCCCUCUUCAAUCCCAGAUCCCAAUGGCCGAUUUCCAAGCGCUAUUAGUGCCUUGGUACAUUUCACAGCUGGUGAAGAAGUCGGCGUAGUGAAGCAGUCCCAGAUGGUGGGCAUCCAGGGCAAAAAGCGAACGAGACGCAGAACGAUUAGCAGAGGCCUCGGCACCGGCGGCAAGUUGAACCUCGCGUAUCCUAGCUAUACGUACGACGCCCAGCCAGGCUUCGCUGAACAUGAUAUGGAGGAGUAUGACGGGAUAUCUGCCGACCUGGCCUGGAGCCGGAGCUUGGCUUUGGCGAGAAGAGUGUUUGGGAUUAACCCCGACUUGGAAGCUGCUUUGGACAACAACGUGCAGAGCAAAUUCUUCUCCAAGCACCCCGAACAUGCCAUGUCUACCUAUACGACACACAAGACGCCUCAUGUCACCAACAUGCCAACCCUGACAGGAGGCAUCGGAUCGGCGGAGCUAAAGCGUUUCUAUACAGAAUUCUUCACCAACCCACCUUCUAUAAAGACAACGCUUAUAUCGCGUACCAUCGGCGCUGACCGAGUCGUGGAUGAGAUUCACCUGCGCUUCAAGCACACACAGGAAGUCCCGUGGAUGCUGCCCGGAGUCCCGCCUACCAACAAAAAGAUUGAAAUCAUGAUGGUGAGCAUUGUCACUCUGAGGGGUGGCAGACUCUAUCAUGAACAUGUGUACUGGGACCAGGCCAGCGUUUUGGUACAAGCAGGACUGCUAGACCCAGAGUUGCUACCACAGGCUGCCAAGGAUAUCGGCGUCAAGAAGUUGCCUGUGGUAGGAAAGCGAGCAGCGAGGAAGGUGAUAAAGAAUAGGAAUGAGAGUGACGAUGAGGGGGAGGCGGACAACGAGCUGAUUGAAGGCUGGGAAAAGGGUGAAGACAAGAGCGAGAAAAUCGCAGACACAACCGCAAAAGAGGCCUCUUGAAGACUUUCACUCUUUUCCUUUCCUGUAGAAUUUAAUUAACUUUGGUUGUAAGUCA